CAAAGGUUCUCUCGGGGGCGCCCCCACUGCUGAGGCGAUAAGGAGACAAACGUACAGCGGCGGCUCCCGAUAAGGCAGCGGCGGCCGUUGCAACGAACAACUCUCGCGAAAGAAUAUACGCGAGGAGGUGUAGGUGUUCGCAAAGAAAGAAACAACAUGGCCGACCGAGGAAACAACGGCGGCGGCGAACCGGACCCCCGGCUCUCGGCAGCCCCGGGACCACCGGCCCCGGGUUCGAAACAGCCUUCGCGCUCGCGGCCCGUUUACGUCGGAAAGAAAGGCGGCGGCGGUGGAAACUCGUGCGGAUUCACCUGCCUCAAGUAUUGCCUCUUUAUCGUGAACCUCGUCGUGUGGCUUCUGGGCUUGGCCCUGAUCGUGGUGUCGGCGGUGGCACUGGCGGGAUCCUCUGCGGAGGAAGCCCCGCUUCCAGGACUGCAGAGCGUCCGCAGCGCAGCGGCCACCGCUCUCUUCCUCGGCUGCCUGCUCUUCAUCGUCGGAUUCCUUGGCUGCUGUGGGUCCGCGAGAGAGUCAAAGCCACUGCUCGUUGGAUACUUCGCUAUCCUGCUCAUCGUCUUGAUCUUCGAGAUUGCUGUCUUGGGUCUGGCGUUUGCCUACGCCAACAGUUCAGCGAUGGAAGAAGCAAUGAACAACCAGUUCAAGGACAUAAUCACGGGUGGCCGCCGGGACAAGGACCCCUGGCAGCAGGAGAAGGACAUGAACAUGGUGCUCUACGUGCAAGCUGAAUUCCGUUGCUGUGGAGGACGAGGUGUCCAGGACUACACCGAGAGUGGCUUGGACAUCCCACCGAGCUGCUACGACAACCGUGACAACCAGCGGCCUUACCUCUUCGAAAUGGGCUGCUCAAAAGCGAUGAAAGACUACGUUCUGCGCAAUGGACUGGGAAUAGGCCUUGUCAACUUGUUUACCCUGCUCGCCCAGAUCGCCGCCAUGAUCUGCUCCUGUCUUCUCAUCCAAGGCAUCAAAAAAGUGCACAAAGAUACAUCCGGGGCCUAGGGGGUCAGCCGGGCCACAUGUGGUCGUACAGCGUCACUGCCGUUUGUCGACAGACAUCUCUUCACGUCUUAAUACGAUUAUACCAUCGUUGUAUUUUAUUCCGCAGGAAACAGUGGGAAGUAUAGGGAAAAAGAAACAUAAGCGUCCCGCUCACAUUCUCUUAGUUCAUAUUUUUAAAGUUUCACCAUUUCCAUCUAUAGCAUGUGCAUUUUGUUUUUAUUUGUGUAGUCGAGGAACAUCGUUUUAGGCGUCAGUAUGUCACAUGUGUCUGCAGACUGAAAGUCUACCCUAAUACCCAACAAUCGAAGCUAUAUAGCCCGAAAGAAAGUGCAAUUCUUUUAAUGAACAUGGCAGUGGUUCGAUCUUGUGUUCGUGAUUGUUUUGUAGUUUGAGCUCGUUGAGCCCGUUUUCAAUUUGCGUGUGAGUUGUUUUCUUCUUCUUUUUUUUUUUGUCAAUGUCGUAAAGACACUUUUUGAGUGUCCCGACAAAUUAUUCCCACGUUGUUAAAAUAUCCUCGUGAUUAUCAUACAGAGAUCAUCGUAAUUUAAGUUCGAAAUACGACGUUUUUUAGGUUUGUUGACGGAGUCCCAGCCACUUCAAAGCAUCGCUCUACAUUAGUGCAGUGCGUGUGCCACUCGCCGACAAUUUUACGUGCCCUACUCACGAAACAGUGUGGUUCCGUACAGGGUAUGCACAUUUAUUCGUACAUUUUCUAAGGAAGCUUGGUUGUAAUAUUCGCUAAACAAUGAUAUCCGACACCCCAAAACGGGCUUCUUAGCAAACGUAGUCGAUAAGGCUUAUAACGACGUCAUUCGCAGUGUUUCUUGAACAUUGAUCGACGGUAGCGUUUUUCUUGUUGUUAAUAAGACGUCAACGAAGUGAAUGUUCCUGAAAGGACCCACAAUAAAGAUAUUUUCCAUUUGUGGU